CCUCCCAGUGGUACGUGUAACGUCCAGUGUCUGAACGGAGGCAGUUGUUUCCUCAACGCCAGGAAGCAGCCCAAGUGUCGCUGCCAGCCCAACUUCGGAGGAGACAAGUGUGAGGUGGACCAGUGCAGGGACUACUGUCAGAAUGGAGGCACCUGCACAGCCUCUCCUACAGGUAAUACACUAACAUAAAAAAAUGUAUACUAAAAAACUAACCUGACAGGAGGGGGCACUGUCUGAGAGGUGUCAGAAUAGAACAUUACGCCAGGAAGAGUGAGACAUACAGUGGGGGAAAAAAGUAUUUAGUCAGCCACCAAUUGUGCAAGUUCUCCCACUUAAAAAGAUGAGAGAGGCCUGUAAUUUUCAUCAUAGGUACACGUCAACUAUGACAGACAAAAUGAGAGAAAAAAAAUUUUUCUCCAGAAAAUCACAUUGUAGGAUUUUUUAUGAAUUUAUUUGCUAAUUAUGGUGGAAAAUAAGUAUUUGGUCAAUAACAAAAGUUUCUCAAUACUUUGUUAUAUACCCUUUGUUGGCAAUGACACAGGUUAAACGUUUUCUGUAAGUCUUCACAAGGUUUUCACACACUGUUGCUGGUAUUUUGUCCCAUUCCUCCAUGCAGAUCUCCUCUAGAGCAGUGAUGUUUUGGGGCUGUCGCUGGGCAACACGGACUUUCAACUCCCUCCAAAUAUUUUCUAUGGGGUUGAGAUCUGGAGACUGGUUAGGCCACUCCAGGACCUUGAAAUGCUUCUUACGAAGCCACUCCUUCGUUGCCCGGGCGAUGUGUUUGGGAUCAUUGUCAUGCUGAAAGACCCAGCCACGUUUCAUCUUCAAUGCCCUUGCUGAUGGAAGGAGGUUUUCACUCAGAAUCUCACGAUACAUGGCCCCAUUUAUUCUUUCCUUUACACGGAUCAGUCGUCCUGGUCCCUUUGCAGAAAAACAGCCCCAAAGCAUGAUGUUUCCACCCCCAUGCUUCACAGUAGGUAUGGUGUUCUUUGGAUGCAACUCAGCAUUCUUUGUCCUCCAAACACGACGAGUUGAGUUUUUACCAAAAAGUUAUAUUUUGGUUUCAUCUGACAUUCUCCCAAUCCUCUUCUGGAUCAUCCAAAUGCACUCUAGCAAACUUCAGACGGGCCUGGACAUGUACUGGCUUAAGCAGGGGGACACGUCUGGCACUGCAGGAUUUGAGUCCCUGGUGGCGUAGUGUGUUACUGAUGGUAGGCUUUGUUACUUUGGUCCCAGCUCUCUGCAGGUCAUUCACUAGGUCCCCCCGUGUGGUUCUGGGAUUUUUGCUCACCGUUCUUGUGAUCAUUUUGACCCCACGGGGUGAGAUCUUGCGUGGAGCCCCAGAUCGAGGGAGAUUAUCAGUGGUCUUGUAUGUCUUCCAUUUCCUAAUAAUUGCUCCCACAGUUGAUUUCUUCAAACCAAGCUGCUUACCUAUUGCAGAUUCAGUCUUCCCAGCCUGGUGCAGGUCUACAAUUUUGUUUCUGGUGUCCUUUGACAGCUCUUUGGUCUUGGCCAUAGUGGAGUUUGGAGUGUGACUGUUUGAGGUUGUGGACAGGUGUCUUUUAUACUGAUAACAAGUUCAAACAGGUGCCAUUAAUACAGGUAACGAGUGGAGGACAGAGGAGCCUCUUAAAGAAGAAGUUACAGGUCUGUGAGAGCCAGAAAUCUUGCUUGUUUGUAGGUGACCAAAUACUUAUUUUCCACCAUAAUUUGCAAAUAAAUUCAUUAAAAAUCCUACAAUGUGAAAUUCUCAAUUUGUCUGUCAUAGUUGACGUGUACCUAUAAUGAAAAUUACAGGCCUCAUCUUUUUAAGUGGGAGAACUUGCACAAUUGGUGGCUGACUAAAUACUUUUUUCCCCCACUGUAUACAGUGGCUUGCGAAAGUAUUCACCCCCCUUGGCAUUUUUCGUAUUUUGUUGCCUUACAACCUGGAAUUUAAAUGGAUUUUUGGGGGGUUUCUAUCAUUUGAUUUACACAGCAUGCCUACAACUUUGACGAAAAACAGAACUUGAGCGUGCAUAACUAUUCAUCCCCCCCCCCCCCAAAGUCAAUACUUUGUAGAGCCACCUUUUACAGCAAUUACAGCUGCAAGUCUCUUGGGGUAUGUCUCUAUAAGCUUGGCACAUCUAGCCACUGGGAUUUUUGCCCAUUCUUCAAGGCAAAACUGCUCCAGCUCCUUCAAGUUGGAUGGGUUCCGCUGGUGUACAGCAAUCUUUAAGUCAUACCACAGAUUCUCAAUUGGAAUGAGGUCUGGGCUUUGACUAGGCCAUUCCAAGACAUUUAAACGUUUCCCCUUAAACCACUCGAGUGUUGCUUUAGCAGUAUGCUUAGGGUCAUUGUCCUGCUGGAAGGUGAACCUCCGUCCCAGUCUCAAAUCUCUGGAAGGUUGAAACAGGUUUCCCUCAAGAAUUUCCCUGUAUUUAGCGCCAUCCAUCAUUCCUUCAAUUCUGACCAGUUUCCCAGUCCCUGCCGAUGGAAAAACAUCCCCACAGCAAGAUGCUGCCACCACCAUGCUUCAAUGUGGGGAUGGUGUUCUCGGGGUGAUGAGAGGUGUUGGGUUUGCACCAGACAUAGCCAAAAAGCUCAAUUUUAGUCUCAUCUGACCAGAGUACCUUCUUCCAUAUGUUUGGGGAGUCUCCCACAUGCCUUUUGGUGAACACCAAACGUGUUUGUUUAUUUUUUUCUUUAAGCAAUGGCUUUUUUCUGGCCCCUCUUCCGUAAAGCCCAGCUCUGUGGAGUGUACAGCUUAAAGUGGUCCUAUGGACAGAUACUCGAAUUGCAGCUGUGGAGCUUUGCAGCUCCUUCAGGGUUAUCUUUGGUCUCUUUGUUGCCUCUCUGAUUAAUGCCCUCCUUACCUGGUCUGUACGUUUUGGUGGGCGGCCCUCUCUUGGCAGGUUUAUUGUGGUGCCGUAUUCUUUCCAUUUUUUAAAUAAUGGAUUUAAUGGUGCUCUGUGGGAUGUUCAAGGUUUUUAAUAUUUUUUUAUAACCCAACCCUGAUCUGUACUUCUCCACAACUUUGUCCCUGACCUGUUUGGAGAGCUCCUUGGUCUUCAUGGUACCGCUUGCUUGGUGGUGCCCCUUGCUUAGUGGUGUGGCAGACUCUGAGGUCUUUCAGAACAGGUGUGUGUAUAUAUACUGAGAUCAUGUGACAGAUCAUGUGACUUUAUUGAACUAAUUAUGUGACUUCGGAAGGUAAUUGGUUGCACCAGAUCUAAUUUAGGGGCUUCAUAGCAAAGGGGGUGAAUACAUAUGCACGCACCACUUUUCCGUUAUUAAUUUUUUUGAAUUCUUUGAAACAAGUUUGGACUAUUUUGUGUAUGUCCAUUACAUGAAAUCCAAAUAAAAAUCGAUUUGAAUUAACGGUUGUAAUGCAACAAAAUAGGAAAAACGCCAUGGGGGAUGAAUACUUUUGCAAGGCACUGUAGAAUGAUAAUACAACUAGACAGCCGUGUAUUGAGUCAAGGACUUAACCCUCAAUGAGCAGUCCUAAUGUUAGUCUGUUUCUCUCUCCUCUUCCUCCCUCAUCCUGUCCAUCUGUUUAUCUCUCUGUCUGACCAUGUCUGUCUUGUCUCUCCCUCCCUCCCUAGGCUCCCCAACGUGUCGCUGUCUGACAGGGUUCACUGGUCCCAACUGUAACCUCCAAACCUGUAAGAACUACUGUCAGAACGGAGGGAACUGCACGGUCAGCGCUGGCAACCAGCCCACCUGCCACUGCCCUGCUGACUUCCUGGGGGACCAGUGCCAGUACCGUGAGUCUGUCUGUCUUUCUGUUGGUCUGUCCCUGUCUUAUCUUAUUUUUUAUUUAAUGUAAUAUUGCCUUGUGUUUGUCUAUAAAUGUUCUGUAUUGUGUCAUGUAACCUACCUCUUCAAAAAGUAUCUGAAUAAUCACACAGCACACCCCUCCCCCGCCCCGAACAAGGAGAAGAGAACAAACCUACUGAGACCCUACUGUUGAACUUGACUUGACUACUGAGAGACCCUACUGUUGAACUUGACUUGACUACUGAGAGACCCUACUGUUGAACUUGACUUGACUACUGAGAGACCCUACUGUUGAACUUGACUUGACUACUGAGAGACCCUACUGUUGAACUUGACUUGACUACUGAGAGACCCUACUGUUGUACUUGACUUGACUACUGAGAGACCCUACUGUUGGACUUGACUUGACUACUGAGAGACCCUACUGUUGUACUUGACUUGACUACUGAGAGACCCUACUGUUGAACUUGACUCUCUUGCACUAACACUUGCACUUGUCUUUUCUUACUAGUACUGACUUUGCUGAUUGAUGCUUUAUUGAGAAAAAGGUUUACUUACUAUAAGCAGGUUUCCAUCCAACCAUUUUUAUGUGAGUAAAGUACCUGUCGGAUAAAAAACUCACGACAGGCCUGAUGGAAAACAAAAUACGCUAGACCAGGGUGGAUAAUUUUUUUGUAGGUGAUUAGAUUACCGUAUGCAACAAAUUGCGGUGGAAACUAUUUAUUGCACAAUUGUUGAUAGAAUAACUAUCAUGUUGAGGUAAAUUUGCAGUCACGUGACGCUAUGUUGUGUGGUCCUCCCACUACGACUUGGAAAAGCAUGCAGUUUAUUAGGCUAAGCUACAUAUGCAAUGGGUUAUGAUGAACUUCACAGAGUGAUGAAAGUGCAUGGUGAUGAGCUUGCUGCGCCUUUCCAUUAAAUAUAGAGUCUUCAUUUGUAUGCUGGUGACAUGAUUUUAGAUGCUUGGCUGCCAUUUAACAAAUAAAAAUGAUCUCGCUCUUAUCCAUAGUCUCAUCAUGGAGGCUAUAGCGCACAUGCCAAGACCAGAGUGGGCACAUUUGCUGUUUAUCGCAGACUUUCUGUGCCAAAACUAUCAACAGAGUUAAAAAUGGGAUGGAAACACAUUGAACUUGUUUUUUUAUUUGAUCAAUCAAAAGUUAUAUACGACAGUGCUUUUUGUGUGCACUAACUACGUCAUUAUGCACAGCCUUUUAUUCACAAGAAGACAGUUUGAUGGAACCAUACCACUGCUGGUAAAAUGCACAUAUUUAUUUGUUGCGAACAUAAGAAUAUUCGCUUAAGAAUCUUUCAACAAAUUGAUGGAAACAUAGCUACUACUGACUGUGAUAUGUGAUUGUCUCACCUAGCUACCUUAAGAUGAAUGCACUAACUGUGAGUCACUCUGGAUAAGAGCGUCUUCUAAAUUACUUAAAUGUAUUUAUAUAAUGGGGAUCGUAAUCAACUAAAAUAAACUGAACCGUCUGCACUGUCACCGGCUGGCAGUAUAAACUGCAGCACUUUACUGAGUUACAGUAAUGGAGGAUGGUGCUUUCUACAAAAUGUUAACUGCUUGGUGCUCUUUUGAUAUCUACCUUAAGGCUCCUUGCACUCAGUAUACUCAGACGGAUAGUUGUCUCUUCUGUAUGCCUGUGUGUGAGUAGGUAGCUGCGAGGGCCACUGUCUGAACAGGGGCACAUGUCUGCAAAGUGCCAGCGGGGCGCGCCAGUGUCGCUGUCUGCCCCAGUACAGCGGCAGCACCUGUGAGGUGGACAAGUGCCACUACUGCCGCGACGGA